AUGCUUCCGCGGAGCAAGUCGGAAGCGGGUAGGGGCGGGGUUGCGCUUAGGAGGGGGAGAGCCCGCGCAGGAGCAGUGACGAUAGGGUCGGUGGGCUCUGAGGCGGAACUCGCGCAAGGGGUGGUACGGCGGGCGUCGCAGGGGGAGCUGGCUGCGGAGGAGGGGGGUGAUCAGGUGAACGUGGUCGCACAGAGGGCGCGUGCGACGGGUGCGAAAGAACGGAGGCGACAGCCGAGCGAGGAUAGCGCCAGCAGCACUAGUGGCAGCAGGGGUAGCAGCGGAAGCUCGGUGGGAGGUAUGAGUAUGAUACACUCCCAAGCGCAGCAGCAGCAACAAGCGCAACAGACGCAACAGGAGCAGCAGCCGCAGGAGCAGCAGAUGCAGCAGAAGACGAAGCAGGCGAAGCAGCACAGGAGAAGGAAGUCCGGGGGGGAUGUGACGGCUGCUGCUGCUGCUGCUGGUGGUUCUCAGGCUGGGUUGCCUGCAGGAGGGGAAGGCAUUGCGGGCGGUGGGGGCUAUGCAGAGCACGCCAAUGGAGGCAAUGGUGCUGGGGGAAGUGAUGGGGGGUCCCAAGGUGUCGCCUUCUCAGGUGGAGGCUUUUCCGGUGGAGGUCACCUAGGAGGCAACGGCUGGGGCAGGGGUGGCGUGGAAGGGGGCCCUGCAGCGUUGUAUGCGUCCCUGCUGGCUGUACACCCGCCCCUGAUCUCCAAAUCCGGUCGACAGGUCGUUCGGUGCCAGUGGUGCUCCCAGAUGCUGGCAGUGCCGGCGCAGCUGCAGCCGUCACACAAGGGCAGGCAGAAACUGCGGUGCGGCAAGUGCAUGCGCGUGUCUAAGUAUGCUGUCACUCUGCCGCCGCCCGACAUGCCUGGCCUACCCCUCCUUAUUCCUGUUGAGAGCGCACAAGAAAAGGGUGAUGUGCAGUCCCAGGACGCUCAGCAGCAGCAGCAGCAGCAGCAGCAGCAGCAGGGGUUGGCAGCUCAGCAAUCCCUGCCUCGCAGAGCAUCACAGGGAGCAGCAGGCGAAGCUCAGCCUUCAGCCAAGCACGUCCGCAAGUCCAGUGGUGGUUCUGACUCCAGUACCAGUGGUGUUGCACCUGCUCUCAGAAUGCCUAGUACUGGAGCGGCAGCAGCAGCAGCAGGAGCAGAGGGAGCAGGAGGAGUGAUGGCAGCAGCAGCUGUGGCAGACGAGAAUGGACAGGAGUUGGUCCCGAGGACCGCAUCAGGGAAGCGGUUCCAGCGGCAGGCACGGGACAUGCUGGCAACAAGACGAGUCACCGUGGGUCCGGGCGGCAAGCUGGCCACCGUUCCUUCCUUCCGUGCUGCUCCUCAGAUACAGGGAGGGACAGCAGGAGGAGGGGCGGCAGGAGGAGGGGCGGCAGGAGGAGGGGCGGCAGGAGAUGGUGCUGGUGGAGGGGGAGGGGAGAUGUCGCUGCGGCGAACAUCAACAGAGAGGAAGGGAGCGAAAGGGGUAGAGGGAGGGGGAGCAGUGGUGCUGAUGCCACGGAGCAGGACGAUGAGUAUGGGUGUGGAGGCACAGUACCGGAGAAAGGUGGUUGUGAAUGGGGUGCCUGUGCCGGACCAGAGGGUUCUUGUUGCAGAGCAGAGGAUUGGGAAGAUCGAGCCUGGGAAUUAUUGGUAUGACUGCAGAGCUGGGUUCUGGGGGCCUGUUGGGAGUGCGUCCUUGGGCGUCAUUCCAGCUUUCAUGCGCGAGCUAGGCAAUGCCCCUGUGUCCAUGGAUUGCUCCGGUGGCAAGAGCAAGAUUCUGGUGAAUGGACGAGAGCUGCAUCGAAAGGAUGUCAAAGUUCUGGCAGAGAAGGGUUUCCCUGAGACAUUGGGAGGCAGGUAUACGCUGGAUGCGGAUGGCACUCUGGUCAAUGAGUUUGGACGAGUGGCGGCUAACCUUGGGAGCCUGUAA